AUGAAAGGAGAUAGCUUCUCAUUGAGUAUUGAGAGUCUUCCUGAUUCUCCGACGGAUUCGAGGAAGAAGAUGAGCAAGGUGUUCGAUAAAAUGACUGAAUGGGUUACCCCUUGGAGAAGUAAGUCAGAGAUGCCAAGAGAGACGAGGAUUUUGCGUGGAGAUGUCGAGCAGGAACAGUUUCAGUACGCAAGUAAUCACUGUUUGACAUCUUACUACAGUGUCUUUGUUGUUCGUCUCGCUAUAAUGGUGAUGCUAGCAAUUCUGAUUGGGCUUUUAACCAUUCUAACAUGGCAUUUCACGAGGGUUUAUACAAAGCAAUCGCUUCAAACUUUAGCAUAUGGUCUUCGAUACGAGCUUCUUCAGCGUCCAGUUUUACGGAUGUGGAGUGUUUUAAACACCACAUCCGAGCUAACAACAGCUCAAGUCAAGCUCUCUGAAUAUGUCAUCAAAAAAUAUGACAAGCCAACAACUCAAGAAGAACUUGUUGAGAUGUAUCAAGCAAUGAAGGAUGUGACAUGGGCUCUGUUUGCUAGUGCUAAAGCUCUAAAUGCCAUAACCAUAAACUACAGAAACGGAUUUGUCCAAGCUUUUCACAGAGAUCCAGCAAGUAGCAGCACAUUCUACAUCUUCUCCGAUCUAAAAAACUAUUCGAUCAGUGGAACAGGCCUUGAAGAUGUGAAAACGUCGCUGGGGCAUGGGUGGAACAAUCAGACGAUACACGGGAACAUGUCUGCCAUUUGGUACCAGCAACAGCUUGAUCCAAUAACAGGUGUAAAAAUAGGGAAGCCUCUUCAAAUCCCUCCAGAUGAUCUCAUCAACAUCGCAGGAAUCUCGCAAGUGCCUGAUGGUGAAGCUUCUUGGCAUGUGACAGUCAGCAAAUACAUGGACUCUCCGCUUCUCUCAGCGGCUUUGCCGGUCUUUGAUGCUUCAAACAAGAGUAUUGUGGCUGUUGUUGGGGUGACAACUGCACUUUACAGCGUCGGGCAGUUGAUGAGAGAUCUUGUAGAAGUGCAUGGUGGACAUAUUUACUUGACAUCUCUAGAAGGAUACUUGCUUGCUACUUCCACAAAUGGUCCUCUUCUAACGUAUACAUCAAUGGGGCCUCAGCUAAUGAAAGCCGUUGAUUCAGAGGAGUGGGCUAUAAGGACAGGAGCUCGGUGGCUAGAGAAAACUUAUGGUAACCGCUCUGACGUUAUUCAUGCGGAGAAUGCAAAGCUUGGUAACCAACAAUAUUACGUUGAUUCAUUCUUACUUAAUCUCAAGAGACUUCCAAUUAGAGGUGUUGUCAUAAUUCCCAGGAAGUUCAUAAUGGGAAAAGUGGAUGAAAGAGCCUUCAAGACUUUGGUUAUACUGAUUUCUGCUUCUGUCUGCAUAUUCUUUAUUGGAUGUGUCUGCAUCUUAAUCCUCACAAAUGGAGUUUCAAAGGAGAUGAAACUAAGAGCAGAACUGAUAAGGCAACUGGAUGCAAGAAGAAGAGCUGAAGCUUCAAGCAACUACAAAAGCCAGUUUUUGGCAAAUAUGAGCCAUGAGUUGAGGACACCUAUGGCUGCUGUGAUUGGAUUGCUAGAUAUUCUAAUAUCAGAUGAUUGUCUUUCAAAUGAACAAUACGCAACAGUCACUCAGAUCAGGAAGUGCUCUACAGCUCUCCUCCGGCUUCUCAACAACAUACUGGACUUGAGCAAGGUUGAGUCGGGGAAACUUGUUCUGGAAGAAGCUGAGUUCGAUUUGGGAAGAGAACUUGAAGGACUUGUUGACAUGUUCUCAGUCCAAUGUAUUAACCACAAUGUAGAAACAGUUCUAGAUCUCUCUGAUGAUAUGCCAACAUUAGUCCGAGGGGAUUCGGCAAGACUUGUUCAAAUCUUUGCAAAUCUUAUAAGCAAUUCUAUAAAGUUUACAACAACGGGCCACAUUAUUCUUCGUGGAUGGUGCGAGAACGUGAAUUCUCUACAUGAUGAGAUGAGCUUAACUGUUGACAGAAGGAAACCAUGGGCUCCAAUAAAGACAAAACUGGUGCAUCACAGAAAUCAUUUGCAGAAGUCUUGUAAGAACGAGAAUAAAAUGGUUCUUUGGUUUGAGGUUGAUGACACUGGAUGUGGAAUAGAUCCAAGCAAAUGGGACUCUGUGUUUGAGAGCUUUGAGCAAGCUGAUCCUUCUACCACUCGGACGCACGGAGGAACUGGUCUUGGACUAUGUAUCGUGCGAAACUUGGUAAACAAGAUGGGUGGAGAUAUCAAAGUAGUAAAGAAGAAUGGCUUAGGGACUAUAAUGAGACUAUACUUGAUUCUGAGUAUUCCUGACAAUGCGGAUCAAAUUAGCCAGCCAGAUUUCUCCAAGUACGGUCUCGUGGUUUUGCUUUCAAUGUCUGGAAGUGCAGCAAGAAUGAUCCAAUCAAAGUGGUUACGUAAACACGGCAUUGCGACUGUUGAAGCAUCGGACUGGAACGAGCUGACUCACAUCGUUCGAGACCUCUUCGAGACGGGAAGCCGUGAGAACAGCUUUGACUCGCAGCACAACAUUGCUGAUUCACUGAGAGCAGAGCUUUCGAAUAUACAAGAAAUCAAGAACCCUGUGUUUGUCAUAGUGGUGGAUAUCGGAGUUCUUGAUCUCACUACGGAUAUAUGGAAGGAACAGCUAAACUACCUCGACAGAUUCUCCGGCAAAGCCAAGUUUGCUUGGCUGCUGAAGCAUGACACCUCCAAUACAGUCAAAACGGAGCUCAGACGAAAAGGGCAUGUGAUGAUGGUUAACAAACCGUUGUACAAGGCCAAAAUGAUCCAGAUUCUGGAAGCUGUGAUAAAAAACCGGAAGAGAAGCUUGUGUAAUGCCAUAAGCAACAGAGGAAGCGGAAGUGAUGAAUCCCACGAUUGUUUAGAAAUCGAUCCAACACAGUUCGAUACUUUCAGUUCCGAUGAUUCUUCUGAGACAUCUGGCGAUAAACAAGGAGAUAAAUCUGUGAAACCAAGUCCAGUGCUUAAGAACUACCUCAUUGACAUCACUAAAAGCAAUGAUGACUCAACAUCUGCAAGCAUGACUCAGAAAAGACAACAAGAAGAAGAAGAUUGGAAAGAUCGAAGUAACCGGCUAUAUUCAGGAGUUGCUUUGGAUGGGAAUAAUCAGAAAUCUCUUGAAGGUUUAAGGAUUUUACUGGCAGAAGAUACACCGGUUCUUCAAAAAGUAGCCACCCAAAUGCUUGAGAAAAUCGGAGCAACUGUAACUGUAGUUGCGGAUGGACAACAAGCAGUUGAUCUGCUCAAUACACAAGAACACAAAUUGUCAGAAGAAGAAACCACCAAGAACGACAUUGUAAAUCCGCAGAAUGGUUUACGAAACUCCUCACCUUAUGACUUGAUCCUCAUGGACUGCCAGAUGCCAAAAAUGGAUGGAUAUGAGGCAACAAAGGCGAUAAGAAGAGCAGAGAUUGGAACAGAGCUACACGUUCCAAUAGUUGCAUUGACAGCUCACGCAAUGUCUUCUGAUGAAGCCAAGUGCUUGGAGGUAGGAAUGGAUGCUUAUCUCACUAAGCCUAUUGACCAAAAGCUUAUGGUCUCUACCAUUUUGUCACUUACUAAAUCAUCAACACUCCUAGCUUCAUUUUCUGCUUGAAGCAACGGGUGAUAUUCUAACAAGAGAAAACUUUUCUUAGGUUCGGGAUCUUGGAUUUUUGUAUAUAUGUGAAUCAAAUCUUUU